GCGUGCAAUGAAGGCAUGCAGCUGAAGUCCCACAUAAACGCUGUAAACAUUUAGCUUUUCCAGGGAAAAUUGGACCGAAAUGGCACCGACAGCUCAAAAAAUGAAGAAAGGGGAUUUUACACGGGAAGAUGGCAACUGGAAGAACUCAAAAAACAAGACACAGGGUGUCAAGAAGAAGAGGAAAUGGAUCCCCGAGACUAAAUUAUUCGAAGGGAGCGUGAAGGAAGGUCAGGGCUUUGCUUUUAAAAGGAAGCAGAAAGUCAAACAUGAGUACAACAAGCUGCUGCGGAAGGAAAAGAAAAAAAACCCAAAGAUGAAAUCACUGUACGAGGAGGAAUACCCAGAACACCUCAAACAUCUGUACGUGGCAGAGGCAGAGAAGCUGAGGAACGAGGCGUGGACUCAUAGAAUGAACAGGAGUAAACUGAGAAUGAAAGCUCUGGAGAAAGAGGAGGGAGAAAGAGGUGAAAAUGAGGAAGCUGGUGACCCGGAUCCAGAGGCAACAGGGGGAUCAGAGCUGACGGAUUCUGUCUCAGGGAACGCAGAAGUACCGGCAGCUCCAGAGAAAGAAAGUCUUCCAAUCAGCAACCGCAUGAGGAAAAAAAUGCUGAAGAAGACGUCCUUCCAGAAGACAAAAGAAGAAUUUGAGGCCAUCAGGGAAAAACGGAAAAAGAAGAAAGAGGAGUACCUGAAGAACAAGCAGCAGAGAGAGGAAGCCAUCGAGAGAUACAACCAGAAAAAGAAGGAGACGUUUCAGAUGCUGAGCAAAAAGACAAAGAAAGGACAGCCUAACCUGAACCUCCAGAUGGAGUAUUUGCUUCAAAAAAUCCAAGGAACUGGAAAAUGACUGUCAUCAGUGCUGAGACUGAACCAUCAGUGGGAUCAGAGUGGGCCGUGCCUCUGUUUGACUACUUUGUUAAAGACAUUGUUUAAAAAAAGGCAUUUAGGAGGGUGCUUUUCACACAACAAUCAACUUUUUUCAAUCUAUCAAGGUGGUGAUUAGUCAGUUCACAUUCAAAAAUUCACUGUAUUCUACCACCUAAUGCUAGUGUGCAUUUUCAGCCUCCCCCACAAGAGGGCGCCAUAAAAUAAGGGAGGGGAAAUGAAGAUAUCAUGAGUUUCUUGAGAAGUGCUUUUAUUUUGAAAUGACCAAUAAAAAAACUGUUCAAGGCUUACUGCCAUUGCACCAAAUACAAAAUUAUUGAAUAAGAAUUUAGCAGCCAACAAGUAUUAUUGCUUUCAUCAACUUUUAUGUGAAAAAAGGUAAAAAUAAUGUGAGGUUUAUGAUGAUUUUGGCUCCUCUCAUGGACAAUAUGGAACCUUUAUCUCUGCUGAUUUUGUACUCUGCUUUUGUAAGUGAUGUUUUCAAACGAAGUGUCUUUUUUAACCUCAAAGACACAUCAGAAAUUAUGACAUAGAGAUUGUCAAUCUGUAUGACUAUGCCCAUGGUCUAACUUCCUCUAAUCCCUCAGUUGGUGUAAAAUAAAUAGUUACAUUCAGGGGGUUUGUGACUAAAAAAUGACAGCAUACAUAAAUAACAAUAACACUGAUAAAACUUGAUGUUUUUUACAA